UUAUUCAAAGAAUAUUCAGGGCAUUACGAUUAAUCGAUCAAACAGACAAACCUGCAGGAAGGACUCGACUAAUUCGUCUAACUUCAUUCAGUUGUCCCGGUCUAGUUGUGUAAAGAACUUUUAAUACAAAUUACUUCGCUUGAAAAUAAAACCUGUAUCAGAAUGACUGAACAACCCCUCCCACCACCGGUGAUGUGGGCCCAAAGAUCUUCUAUAGUCUUUUUAACGAUAAAUUUAGAAGAUUGUAAAGAUCCUGAAGUUAAAUUCAGCAAAGACUCAGUAUAUUUCAAAGGUACUGGAGGUGUAGAGAAGAAAGAUUAUGAAGUGACCAUUCCCUUGUAUAAAGAAAUAGAUCCUGAAAAAAGCAAACACUUCAAUAGAGGAAGGUGUAUUGAAAUACUACUAGCCAAAGCAAAUCAAGAAGAACCUUACUGGCCUUCCCUGACAUCAGAUAAAAGCAAACAUCAUUGGUUGAAAUGUGAUUUCAAUAAAUGGCAAGAUGAAGAUGAAUCGGGUGAUGAGGGUGUAGGAGGAAUGGGGGGAGGAGGAGGUGGUGAUUUUGAGGAGAUGAUGAGACAAAUGGGUGGUUUAGGUGGUGCUGGUGGCAAACCAAACUUUGAUGACCUUGACGGGGAUGAAGGUGAUUCGGAUGAUGAACCCAUUCCAGAUUUGGAAUAGUUUCGUAGAGUUCUUACAUCGGUUUUUGUAUUUUUCUGAACACUACUGUUAAGUUAUUAAUAAAAAUGAGAGUUUUUUUAGUGGUGAUAUUCACUUUUGUUCUACAUAAUGAUUUCAUAUCAAUUAUCCAUACUUUUCUUUAAAGUAUAUAUCUAGUAUUUAAUGGUUAAUAUCGUGUACAUGUUGCGAAUUUUUAAUUAAAUGUGACGAAAUCAG